CGGCUGAAACACUGCCCGCGAACACGUGUCGCGCGUAUUCGCGGGUAAAUUCGUCAGAAGUGGCGAACAUGCCGUUUAGGAUAGAUGUGAGGAUAGAUUCGUUAAGUGUAUCACUGCAAGUAUACCAAGGUUAAGGAUAAAUUCGUGCACGCGUCUUCAAUCCGUCAUGGACAAGCCGGGAGUGCCGGGACCGAGCGGAACGAGAUACACCAAUCCGGUGUCUGUUGGACAUAAAAGCAAAUAUUGGGUACACUUCCGAUUUCUAACAGAUGAAAAAGAUGAAAUAAAGAAAGAUGUAGUUAUAUGCAACUUAUGCGAGAUGCGACUUGCAUACACUCGUCACAUAAAUACUUUGUCCAAUCAUCUCAAACAUAAUCAUGUUAAAGAGAUGCUCCUGCUAGAAAAUUCAGCCGGCAGCCCGAACGUCUACCAGGAGCUAGAGUCGAAUCCACCUCACGAGCGCAAGGCUCAGAAGAGAUCGCGCGAGGCAAGUUUGAACCCAACGAAACACACCACCAAUGUGGACGGCACGGGAGAUGGUAACCUACAACUCGUCGCGGAUCUUGCAUUGUCAAUGGACGAUAUCACUAUCCGUCGGCCGUUGAACCUAAGUGAUGAUUCAGAUAACAACACGAUGAAUCAAUUGAACAUCGAUGGCACCCCGUCGGACGCUGUUAUAGAGUUCAUCAUAAUGGAUCUGCAAUUACCAGAGAGUACAGAGGAUCAUGGAUUUCAGAGGAUUGUAGCUAACUUGCGCCCACCCUGUGCAAUCCCCAGCGCGAAAACAUUAGAGGAGGAGAUAAUACCAAGGAUAUACGAGACCUUCCGUGUGUCUGUGAAAGCGUCGUUGUCCUGCAUCACGUCCGAACUGGCAUUGACGUUUGAAGAAUGGAUAUCAAACAACACUGGCAGUUACGUUACAAUAUCAGCUUAUUAUCUGAAAAUCGAGGAAGCGAAAUUGGAGCGUAAGAUUUUGACCACUAUUCUCACACAAUCGGAUUGGAAGGAGAAACAUUGGAGAAAUAUGAUAGAUAUUCUGUUACGCGAGUGGGAUCUGAACAUCGAGAAGGUAACAGCAGUAGUGGUCAGCAGUUCAAGCACGGAAUUAAUCAAGGCGUUGAUUAAUCACAGUUUGACUGUUGUGCCCUGCUUGCUCCAUACUCUACAAGUAUAUGGGCAAGCUUGCUUCGAUAAUCCAGAUGUGGCCCAGAUAUUGACCAAAUGUAGAUCUGUGAUUAAAACUAUUACAAGUCAUCAAGGAAUAUAUGCAGCACUGCAGGAACAAUCGUCAGCGUUGAAAGAAAAUGCUAUAUUGGUGGAUGAUUAUCCUGGCGUAUGGAUCUCUACAUACAACAUGCUGGAACAAAUGGUGCUACAUCGCACACUUAUCACCUCUAUAUUAGAAAACAUGGAAGGAAUGGAUCAAGAAUUGAAUCAAGAAUGGAUCGAGAUUACCAACGACCAGUGGAAAAUUAUAGACGAUCUGAUGAGUAUUCUUAAACCAUUGCAAGACACCAUUAUGACUCUCAAUGAGGAGGAGAGAAUACCACAGGUGUCGGUAUUGAUGCCAUUACUUCAGCGACUUGUGUCUUCACAUCUCAUAGUGCAAGAAUCCGACAGCGAGACUGCCAAGUCUUUCAAGGAAUCUCUGUCGGAUAUGUUAUAUAAGCGAUAUGAGGACGGCAACGUUACACUAUUUCUACAAAUUGCAACAACUUUGGAUCCCAGAUUUAAAUCAAUUUCAUACCGUCACCGUCAAGUCACCGAGGAAGAAAGCAUAGUUAGUGUUCCACUAAAGAAGAUGCUUACGAAAAUAAUUCAGAAGCAAUCUGAGAUUACAAUAAAUAUAAUGCCACCAGAAGAGGAUAUGCCACCAAGCACGAAAAGAAGUAAGCUUUUAAUUAACGACACCGAGUGCGCUGCAACGAGGGAGAUGUCCGCAGAAGCGAAAGCGAUUCUCGAACUUCUACUCUAUCAAUCGGAAGCCAUGACUGCUAAUAGUUCCCCGUUGCAAUGGUGGCUUCAAACGUGCGCGAAAUGCCCAAACCUGACUAAGUUGGCGAAGAAAUAUUCGUGCGUGCCCGCGUGUUGCGCACCGCCAAUACGACUUCCGCAAAUGCGAUACUAUGCGAGGCGAGCGGCAUUACCGCAUCGCUUGAUUGACAAGUUACUCUUUUUGCACGGCAAUUAUACAGUGUGAGGCACAAACGACAGAUCCUUCCUUGAACUCUGUUAAGAACUUCAACCUUGGACUAGAAUGAAUUCAUGUAGGAGGAGGAACGAGGAUGUACUGGCGGAAGUCUUGGAUCUGUUUCUCCUGCCGAAUUACAGCGUUGUCUCAAACAUCUAUUUGGAUCAUCUGUUGAGUCACAUUGCGGAGAACACGAAAGAUUAAUGUAAGAAGAUUUGGUCGUCGAGCGCUUUGAUGUAUCAUUUCGUCACACGCUACAUCAAACAUUGCUUCGUUUAUGUAAUGUAAUCUUAUAAAUUUGUAAAAAUAACAAAGCCGCUGUUCGAAAAAAUCACGUAAAUUUGAAAUACAAAUCAAUAUAUAUCCUUA